AGGAACGAGCCUGCCUAUCUUUGAUGUCACAUAAUCUUGGCCAUUCUGGUCCAACUUGUCCCACCACUUUUGGAGCUCGGUCUUGGGAGUGGAAAUGAGCUGAAUUUCAGUCUUCUUCGUUGUAUUUAGAAAAGGGCCCAGUAUAAAUUGUGUCGGAUGGCGACCCUAGACACGAAGCUAUCGUGUGAAUGCUUACUUUUUACGAUCUGUGAUUCUCAAUUUCAAGAUUCGCAACUCCUAUAAAUAGCAAGGGCCCAGUUUCUAAGGUAAGGGCAUAUUCUAAUCUCUCCUCCUCUUCUUCUUCUUCUUCUUGUUCUUCUUGAGGAAGCCAUGGAGUCCCCUAAAAAGUCUAACAAGAUCAGCGAAGUGGUUCGACUCCGGCAGCUCCUCAAGAAGUGGAGGAACUUCGCAAAUUCGUCAAGAACUGUCACAACCGCCCCUACCAUGAGCCCAAAUCGCGGCGGCAUUCACAAGAGCAUAAGCUUCCUCAAAAGAACGAUCUCUUCUCUAUCAUCAGACGGCGACGACAGCACCAACAACAAGAAGCACAGCAGCGGCAAAGGCAACGUUGUCCCGAAAGGCCACCUCGCAGUCUGCAUCGGGGAAGAGCUCGAGAGGUUUGUCAUCCCAAUAUACUACUUGGGCCAACCGGCGUUCGGGUUCUUGCUGCGAGAGGCCGAGGAGGCGUUCGGGUUUCAGCAGACAGGUGUCCUGCGAAUCCCAUGUGAAGUUUCGGUGUUCCAAAGUGUUCUAGCGAUGGUGGAGGGGAAGAAGAAGGCGGUCAAGAAUGGCGGUUUGAUGGUGAAAGAACAGUGCAGGAUCAGUGCAGACGAGACGUUUGGAUGUCUCUUUUUAGACGGUGGUGAGAUGGGUUAUAGUCAUCUUGAUCACUCUCGCCAUCAUCCUUGGAGCCCUAUAUACAGCUGAAUUAUCUUAUCCUUCCCGUUCUUACUUAGGUCUUACAUGUUAUACCGGAGAUGUUGCUUCAUAAGUGAUGUAGGCUGUACUGUACAUUCUAUGUCAAUUGACACA